AGGUUCUCGCCUCACCAUCCACCCACCCCCGCCCCCCCCCCCCCCCCCGACUCCAGAACCGAUCAUAUUCCUAGGGGCGCGGCGGCCGGAGCCCGUGCUCGAGCACACCCCUGGUGGACCCGCCGCCGAACUCGAGAGGUGGGGGGCGAGCGUGAUGGCGUCGCUGGGGCGGCUCAAGUCGGCCAUCUUCGACAGGGAGGCGAGGAAGAUGCAGUACCAGUCGCACAUCCGGGGGCUCAACGCGUAUGAUCGCCAUAAGAAGUUCAUGAAAGAUUAUGUUCAGUUUUAUGGCCACGGCAAAAAUGAGGAUAAUAGUUUACCCAUCAAAACUGAUAAAGAUACACUGAGAGAAGGAUACAGAUUCAUUCUUUCUGAAGAAGAUGACAUGGAUUCAACUUGGGAGAAGAGGCUGGUUAAACGUUAUUAUGAUAAGCUUUUUAAGGAAUAUUGCAUUGCUGACAUGACCCAGUAUAAAAAAGGAAAGAUUGGAUUGAGAUGGAGAACAGAAAAGGAGGUGAUAUCUGGAAAAGGGCAGUUUAUCUGUGGCAAUAGACAUUGUGACGAAAAACAUGGGCUAGGUAGUUAUGAGGUGAAUUUUUCUUAUGUCGAAGCAGGGGAGCAGAAACAAGCACUGGUGAAAUUGGUAGCUUGCAAGAGAUGUGCAGAAAAGCUUGCUUAUAAGAGGCAAAAGGAGAAGAAGAAAGAGAAGGAAAAGGAGCACUCUGGUGAAAAGGAAAUUGAGUUAAAAGAAAGGGACAAGAGAAAGAGAGGACAUGAGGGAAGUGACGACACCUCAGAGGAUGAAUCAACUGAGAAACAUUGCAGAAAGAAAAAAGAUCAUCGGAAGGGAGCUUCUUUGGGGAAUUUGGGCAACAAUGAUGAAGGCUUCGAGGAGUUCCUUGAAGGCAUGUUCCCGUGAUCUGAUUAUCUUAAUAACUACAGAGAUGCUUCUAUGCUCUUUGAAAAAAACUAAAUAUCACACAUCUUGUAACAACAUAAUUAGUAGUGGAGUAGUUGAAAAUUCGACCCUAGAUGUGCUUCAGAAUUUGUAGCUUUCGCUUUUGGAGAGAGCACCAAAUCACCUCGCGGCUACAAUUCAGAUGAGAAGGAAGGAGCUCAUCUUUAAUCUUAUGUUGCCUUGAUGACCUUGUGUAAGUGUGCUCUCUGUAAUUAUGUGUAUCAGUGUUUUUUCUUUCA